GCUACGAGAUGGCCAGCUAGCUAACAUUAGUGUCGACUGUUCUAUAUGCUUUACUAGGGAGCUUGAUCAUUAUUGGGGACAGAUAUUGCUGUUUUAUUGUCGUCAGUAUAUCUAGCUAGCAUCUGUAAUACUGCUUGUUUAUAGCCUGGUUUAUUAGCCGUAUGUCAUACGUAGAUUGCUGGCGAUAAAUCGCAAAUAGAAAUACUUCAUUUGAUAACUUUUCUUAAACGUAAUAAAGUUAACAAUUAAAUAUUUUUGAUGGACCGGUAGGGUUUGUCCUCCAUUUUGCCUUAGCUAACUAGAGCUUAUUCAACCAUUUGUGUCACUUAGCAAAUGAGUGUUGGGCAUGCUAACCACAAGUCAGAGUUUAGGAUUACUUUUUGCCUCGCAGCCUAAUGGUGCAUACUUCGUUUCAGCGGUUGAUGCAUUGGCUGCUUCUUGGCAGCGUCUCAAAGAGCGUGUCGCAAUCCUGAUCACUGUCCAGCCCAAACAUGGGAAAGAAGAGCAGAGUCAAGACCCAGAAAUCGGGGACAGGGGCCACGGCAGUGGUGUCCCCCAAAGAGAUGAUGAACCUGAUCUCUGAGCUGCUAUCGAAAUGCAGCAGUGCAGCCCCAUCUCCAGGGAAGGAGUGGGAGGAGUACGUGCAGAUCCGAGGCCUGGUGGAGAAGAUUAGGAAAAAACAGAAAGGUUUGUCUGUCACGUUCGACGGGACGAGAGAGGACUUCUUCCCGGAGCUGAUGGCGUGGGCUGCAAAGAACGGGGCGUCGUGCGAGGGCUUCGAAAUCGCGGACUUCGCGGAGGAGGGCUACGGCCUUAAGGCCUCCAGAGACAUUAAGGCAGAUGAGUUAUUUCUGUGGAUCCCCAGGAAAAUGCUGAUGACCGUAGAAUCCGCCAAGAACUCGGUCCUCGGCCCGCUCUACAGCCAGGACCGGAUCCUGCAGGCCAUGGGCAACGUGACGCUGGCCUUCCACCUGCUGUGCGAGCGGGCCGACCCCGCCUCCUUCUGGCUGCCCUACAUCCAGACGCUGCCCGGCGAGUACGACACGCCGCUCUACUACGAGGAGGACGAGGUGCAGCACCUGCAGUCCACUCAGGCCAUCCAGGACGUCUUCAGCCAGUACAAGAACACCGCGCGCCAGUACGCCUACUUCUACAAAGUCAUACAGACUCACCCGAACGCCAGCAAACUGCCCUUGAAGGAUGCCUUUACCUUCGAUGACUACAGGUGGGCCGUGUCCUCCGUAAUGACCCGGCAGAACCAGAUCCCCACCGAGGACGGGAGCCGGGUCACCCUGGCCCUCAUCCCGCUCUGGGACAUGUGUAACCACACCAACGGGCUGAUCACGACUGGUUACAACUUGGAAGAUGACCGGUGCGAAUGUGUGGCCCUGCAGGACUAUAAAGAAAACGAGCAGAUAUACAUUUUCUACGGGACGCGGUCCAACGCCGAGUUUGUGAUCCACAACGGCUUUUUCUUUGAGAGCAACGCCCACGACCGGGUGAAGAUCAAGCUGGGGGUGAGCAAGAGCGAGCGGCUGUACGCCAUGAAGGCCGAGGUCCUGGCGCGCGCUGGCAUCCCCGCGUCCAGCAUCUUCGCCUUGCACUGCAGCGAGCCGCCCAUCUCCGCCCAGCUCCUGGCCUUCCUCCGCGUGUUCUGCAUGACUGAAGAGGAGCUGAAGGACUACCUCGUGGGCGACCACGCCAUCAAUAAGAUCUUCACCCUGGGCAACACGGAGUUCCCCGUCAGCUGGGAGAACGAGAUAAAGCUGUGGACCUUCCUGGAGACCAGGGCCGCCCUGCUCCUCAAGACCUACAAAUCCACCUCUGAGGAGGACCGCCUGCUCCUGGAGAAGCCCGACCUCUCCUUCCACUCGCGCGUGGCCAUCAAGCUGCGCCUGGCGGAGAAGGAGAUCCUGGAGCGCGCGGCGUCCGGCGGCCGAGCCAAGCGGGAACACUUCCAGAAGCAGCUGGAGGAGGGGGCGCCGCUGCCCAAGUACGAGGAGAGCAGCAUCUCCCUGCUGGAGAACUCCGACUCCGACUCCAAGCUGCCCAUCAUCCUGCAGAAGCUGGAGGAGGCGGAGAGCGCAGAGCGGGACCUGGGCAUGGGCGCCGAGCUGGUGGAGGUGGAGGCCGAGCCGGAGGCCGGGGAGGGGCCCCGGGCCCCGCUGCUCAACGGGGAGGGGAAGGCGGUGCACGACGACAACGCGGACCCAGGUCCCGCCGGCCAAGAGACGGAGAGCGGCGGCAAGCUGGAGAACGGCGGCAAGCUGGAGAACGGCGACGCCGCCUCGCAAAGCGACGACGACCAAAGUGCCAGACGAACUGGAGACGAAGCCAAAGACGAUGGUAACUAACCCGCCCCGGGCAGAGCUGCGGCCCUACGGUCCCCUCAUUAUUUAUUUAUUUUUUUUCGUCUCUCCGAGUGACUAAAAGAAAAAAAAAAAAACAAAAAAAAAAACCCACCACACAGAAAAGGAAAAAAAAAAAAAGUAACAAAAAAGGAACAAAAAGAAUGGACUGAAAAGGAAGAACUUGCGGCGGUCUGUUUGUCUCGUGUGGCUUAGAUACGUGUGCGCUGCAGACAGAGCCAUUCAGCUUAGCGCUGCUCAUACUGUAUGCACUUAACCAAGCCCUCAGAGAUGUGUGCGAGUCCGACAUUUUAUCUCCUUUUUUUCGUUUUUAACAAAGCCACACUGCUGUCUGUUGCGUUUGCAUAUAGGACAGAAAUGCGGGAUAAUUCUAGGAACACAUUUUACUCAUAAUCAAAGCUUUGUAUUUCUAGUGAAGUAAACCUCUUUAUUUGAAGAUGAGCCUAAGGUAGACCUGAGCUUUGGAGGAACUGCUGGUGGGUCCUGCCCUGGUCCUCAACCGGCAUCAAUGCCUGAAUCAUCCUGGGGAACAACCUCGAACCAUUCAGCAGGUUAUUAAAAAGCAGCUGGUUACCGGUUUGGGUUUAACAAAUGAUUCGGUUAAAUUAUUCAGUCAGUUUUUACAGAGUUAGGCAACCUUUUACUUUAAAGCUUAAAUUAACGUUUUUCCUUUUAUCCCUGAGUAGAAUUAAGAGUUUUUGGAUGAAUGUACCUGGAACAGAAACCUGCGUCUGUUUGUUUCCAUGUCUCAUACCUGGUCAGUGAAUUUAUUUUCAAACGACAAUCUUUCCUUUUGUGUUGGUGUCAGUUCCUCUUUGUUGAGAUGGUCACUGUUUUCAUCUUGCACUGGUGAAUGUGAAGGAUUGAUUUUUUUUUCUCCCCACUGUCCCCAGGCAAAAUAUUUGAAAUUGAUGUUUAAAAAUGAUCCUGUUAUUUUGUAUGAAAAUAUGUGCAGGUAUUGAUAAAAAGAAAGAAAAAAACUUGACAGGUAAUGGAGUUACCGUAAUUGCUAAACUGAUUUGUGAAUGUAAUUCAGGAUUUGAGGUAUUGUAUUACAUAACAUGUUUAUAUUAGCUAUAUAAAGGUCACUGAUAAGCAACAGUGGCAGCACUGCUGUUACCCCUUGGUAAAAAAGUUGAGGUCUAUGGACAAGUCGUUUUGGAUAUUAACAAUGCAACUCUCAAGAGAAAAGAAUUUUUCUGAAUCACAUUUCUUUGUGUUGUUACCAGUGUUACAUUUUUCAUUUGCAGAUUUUGUUGUAUCGGAAAGCCUUAACAAUCUGGUAUUCUGUGUUUUGUUUUCCACCUAACAAGAAAUAUAAAUCACAAUGCAGCCUUGGCUAAAGAUGUGGGUGUAGUAUAUCUACUUCUCCACUGUAGUGCACCUUCACCUUUUAAUCAUAUCCUGUCUGCACUGUUUUAUUAUUUUUAUUUUAUUUUUUUUAAUUUGUCUUUGCCCACAGACAAUACGCUGCUUUCUACUAUGCUUCAUUUUAAGAUGGCUUUUGACCGUCAACCUUGCAACAAUCUUGAUGUAACUGCAGCUCUGUGUAUACAUUUAUAGUCACUGGGAGCCUUGGAGCUUUAACAGUGCUCGAGUCUCAUUGUUCAGGGCCCGAAGCGUCGCUAUCGAGCCGCGACCGGUUUUCGGACGGAUCGUUCCGCGUUCGGCCGCUUCGCGCGCGAGGCUCGCCGGAGUUCGGCGGGGAGGAGUCGCUUUGCGGAGGAUAUCUUCAGCGAGCGGGUGGCGCCCGCUCCUCCUUUCAAAAACGGGAGAUUAAAGUUGGACUCAUUUUCCACCCGA